AUGAAGAAGAAAAAGAAAUACGAUAAGGGAAUGGUGAAUACAUUACAUGCUGAAGAGGGAAAGUUGGAGCAGAACAAAAAUAGGAAAAGUGAUGAUAAGGAAGACAAGCAAGAAUAUCCAGCUGCGGGUUUGGCUAAGAAAAGGAAACACAGUGGUGAUAUUAACCUUAUUAGUUUUUCAAUCCUCUUUCAAAUUGUUGAGGGAUUUAGAAAAAUGUCCGAAGCUUGA